CAACACUUUGGUAAUUUUACUCACACCUAACCCCUCUCACUCACUAGAAAAUUCCCGCCGCGUCCUACGUUUGCAAUUCCAAGCAAACAAAUUCUCAUAUCCUUCAAUAAUUCAUACAUGCUCAUUUGACUUCACCGAUUCUCCCACCACCGCCACCUCCGCCACCAGAAAAGUAAAAUGAAAGCCAGAGCCAAAACGAAUUGGAGCCUCAAAACGAAGCUUGAAUUGCCUGUGGCAUUUCUUGCUUGUUUGUUCUUCUUCCUCGCUGGUCUCCUCGGUUCUUCUCUCGUCUCUCAGUGGCAGGAUUCUUCUUUAGCGAGGCCGAGAUCGAGGAUAUUAGAAUCGGUGAAAGACAAGUAUGACUUAAUGCCUCAUGGAGACUCAGGAGAUGAUUCACUUACUACCAUUCCUUUUCAGAUUUUGAGCUGGAUUCCGCGGGCUUUGUAUUUCCCUAAUUUUGCAACUGCUGAACAGUGCAAAAGGAUAAUUAAUAUGGCAGAGCCAAGCCUUAAGCCAUCAACUCUGGCUUUACGAGAGGGAGAGACAGAGGAUAACACGAAGGGAAUCAGAACAAGUUCUGGAAUGUUUAUUUCUGCUUCUGAAGAUCAAACUGGAACUUUGGAUGACAUUGAGGAAAAAAUUGCAAGGGCUACCAUGCUUCCUAGGAUUCAUGGAGAGGCAUUCAAUGUAUUGCGCUAUGAGGUUGGGCAGAGGUAUCACUCACAUUAUGAUGCGUUCAAUCCAGAAGAGUAUGGCCCGCAAAAGAGCCAAAGGGUUGCCUCUUUCUUAUUGUAUCUAUCAGAUGUUGAAGAAGGUGGGGAAACUGUGUUUCCUUUUGAGAAUGGCAUGAACCUGGAUGGAAGCUAUGAGUACCGACAAUGCACUGGUUUGAAAGUGAAGCCACGCCGAGGAGAUGCACUUCUAUUCUAUUCAUUAUUACCAAAUGGCACAAUUGACCCGACAUCUCUUCACGGGAGCUGUCCGGUGAUUAAAGGUCAGAAAUGGGUGGUGACAAAGUGGAUCAGAGAUCAAGAACAAUAUGAUUAAAUUAUUGGACAUUUCCUCGGGAAAAUUUUUGUUCCAUUCAAAGCAGCCAACCAAAAUCCCUUUCAUGAUAAAAUUUGUAGUUAUUCAAAAUGUAGAUGGUAAUAUUUAACUCGCUUUUGAAGUCUACCAUUUAUUACCAAUAAGAAAAUAUGUCCGAGUGUGCCUGGAA